GCACUCUAUCAUCAUGGCACCAAAAGCGAUCAUAGCUCCCUCUAUUCUCUCCGCCGACUUCGCCAGCCUCGGUCCCGAGUGUUGUCGUACUAUCCAAAAUGGCGCAGACUGGCUUCAUGUCGACAUCAUGGACGGUCACUUUGUGCCAAACCUCACAUUUGGCCCGCCUGUCGUCGUCAAGAUCCGCAGCCAUGUCGUGAAGCCCACUGAGGACUACGGCAAGGGUACCUUCGACUGCCACAUGAUGAUUGCGGAGCCCAAGAAAUGGGUCAAGGAGUUUAAAAAGGCUGGCUGUGACCUCUACUGCUUUCACUACGAGGCUUCCAUCGACUCUUCGGCCGCCGAGAGCCCGGAAGAAGUGACUGAUCGUCGAAGCUCACCCCGUGAGCUCAUCCAAUAUAUCCACGAGCAGGGUAUGUUAGCGGGUAUCGCUCUCAAGCCCGCUACACCUGUUGAUGUGCUUUGGGAUAUCCUCGCAAGCCCCGAGAAGCUAGAAAGGCCAGAUAUGGUCCUUAUCAUGACGGUCGAGCCCGGGUUUGGCGGUCAGAAGUUCAUGGCGUCCGAAUUGCCUAAAGUCCGGGCUCUACGGAGCAAGUAUCCUGACCUGAACAUCGAGGUCGAUGGUGGACUGGGUCCGGGAACUAUUGACCAGGCGGCCAACGCCGGCGCCAACGUAAUCGUCGCCGGUAGCGCCGUAUUUGGGGCGAAGGACCCCGCCGAAGUGAUCAGCCUCCUUAGGAAUUCCGUAAAUAAAUGCCUUGGUGGCCACUGAAGAAGGUUUCUAUGCAUGGAGGAGCUUUAAAUUCCGUCUCGAAGAGCAGACAAGAAGUAUGAAAAUAAACCAUUCAUAGGAUGGGUUUGCAAACAACUCCAGAGACGUACAUUCGAGUUCCUACUCCAGGAUAUCGAAAAGUAGGCCGUCCAACUCUUCUAGCCCAUCCACCAUCGGUGAACACUGCCUUACCUGUAGCACAGACCUCCCCAAACGGGUGCGGAGGCGGAAUAACCUAACGGCCGAAAACACGUUUAGGC